GAAGCCUCGCCCCGGAUCCCAUGGAGGCGCUAGGCUUCCCGCCUGGACCUCGGGGCACAGCUGCGACGGCCCCUCGGCCCAUAGGUGGAGCCGUUUCCCAGGCCUCGCGGCCGCCGGAACUCAGUGCGCAGCGGAGCCGGCUGGGAUGGGCCCCCUCUGCGCCUCCGCGGCCCGCGCCCCGAUGCUGCGCGCGCUGCGCCUCCCGCGCCUCUGGGGGCCUCUCGGGGCCCGCGGCAGCGCCUCGGACGGGACCGCUGGAGGCCGCGAGAUCCAAGUGCGCACCCUGGAGGGUCCGGACCAAGGAAUCACAGAGAUUCUGAUGAACAGACCUGGGGCCCGCAAUGCCCUGGGCUACGUCUUUGUGAGUGAGCUGCAGAAUGCUGUGGCCCAGCUGCGGGAGGACCAGCGUGUGCGCGUCCUGCUCCUCCGGAGCGCCGUGAAGGGUGUGUUCUGUGCAGGUGCUGACCUGAAGGAGCGGGAGCAGAUGAGCGCCACGGAGGUGGGGGUCUUUGUCCAGAGACUCCGAGGCCUGAUGAGUGAGAUCGCAGCCUUCCCUGCGCCCACCAUUGCGGCUAUGGAUGGCUUUGCCUUGGGCGGAGGCCUGGAGCUGGCCCUGGCCUGUGACCUCCGAGUGGCAGCUUCCACAGCGGUCAUGGGGCUGAUUGAGACCACUCGAGGGCUGCUGCCUGGGGCAGGAGGGACUCAAAGGCUGCCCCGCUGCCUGGGGGUGGCCCUGGCAAAAGAACUUAUCUUCACCGGCCGGCGACUGACUGGGGUACAGGCCCACACUCUGGGGCUGGUGAACCACACUGUGGAGCAGAACGAGGAGGGUGAUGCUGCCUACCAGCGAGCUCGAGCCCUGGCCCAAGAGAUACUGCCCCAGGCCCCCAUUGCUGUGCGGCUGGGCAAAGUAGCCAUCGACCGAGGGAUGGAGGUGGACAUUGCAUCAGGAAUGGCCAUUGAAGAGAUGUGCUAUGCCCAGAACAUCCCCACCCGGGACCGGCUGGAGGGCAUGGCAGCCUUCAGGGAGAAGCGGCCCCCGAAGUUCGUGGGCAAGUGACCUCGCCCACGGGCGCUCAUCCCAGCACCUCGCUGGCCUUCAGUUUCUUCACAAGGAAGUGACAGAUACGAAAUGAAUGACCUGGUACGAAGGCGCUGCCCAUAUGGUCACGGCUGCCUUCCUUGCUCCUACCCUACGUAGAGAGUCACUGGUGCUGGCUUGCUUUGGAGAAUGCUUGGUUCUCCCGAUGUAAACGAUAAAACUCCAGGUUAAAGCAGCCCUGUCUCUGGGUGGGUGGCUCUCAGGCCCUGGCUCUGGCCUCUUCACCGAUGUGCUUUCACGAGGGACAGCAAGAGGCUGUAAAAAGCUCCUUGUUUCUUCCUUUGGACAAGAGAGAUUCAGUCAGUCUGGCACUAAUUGAGCCAGUAUCAGAACUUGGACCUUCGGGUCUAGUUACUGUAUGCUGUAUAACCUUGAAACCUGCUAACCUCUACAGGCUUCACCUUUGUUAUCUGCACCAUGAAUCUCUGUGAAGAUUUUUAAGCUCUCACUUUCAAUAAACAUGUUGUAACUAUUAA